AUGCAGUGGCGGAAGCGACCACACACUAGAUCACCUUCCCUUCGGGCGGCUCCGGUGUCCCCCUUUUUGGGUGUCAACAUAACAUCUUCUGACGUUUAUGGAGAUAACCAGCGCCGCGCACGGCAGCAAAUCUUGCGUGACCUUCUCUGCCAUACCUCCCUUGUGGAACUACGAGAUAGUGAAAUCUUAAAAUGGCUUGAAGGUGCCGACGGAUGGCUUCGGAGAUCGGACUUUUUGUCGAGUGAACUUACGGAGCUCCGGCUGUUAGUUCUCGGUGUGCUGAACACGAUGCCAUGGUGGCGAAUUUUUGAGAGCGUUUUCCCUUUACCGAAUCAACAUGUGAAUGAUAAUUUAAAGGAUAAUCUUGGUUUUGUGAGUAACACUCAUGGCACUACUAGCAUGAGAUCACAUUUUUAUUUUUCAUCACUUAGAAAUAAAUCUUCUCUCGCAUCGGGAUCAACAGUGGCGUCGGCUCCAGUAUUGACAUCAGUAUCUCCAGUCGUCUCACGCAUCAUACGUCUGCAUGAGCAUAUCCAGGUCGCAUUUGAAAAAGUCUGCCUGACGCUUUUAGAGGGGUCACAGCGUAUUAUACCAAACGUGCUGGAGGUGAUGCUGAAGCCAUUUAAUGUGGAGCCUUCCGUACGGGAAGAUCUCCAGUGUGCAAUCCCAGCCGAUUCUAUUCUUCGCGUUUUGAAUCAGAUCGUCACCAAAAGCCCGGCGAGUGAUGUGCUAAAUCUUUUUGAGCGGUGCUUGCCAACGCUGGUGCCGAAGCGACGUUGGGCGAAUGCUCGUCAUCAUGUUGUGUGUACAACCUUAUUUCUUUACCUAGCGCUUGAGGGUCAAGUGCCUGGGUACCACCCUUCAUCUGGGAAUUGCCAGUGCUUGUCUCGCAUGCAGGAGUUAUUUGAAGAAUGGAUUCCGUUUGCGACAUUUAACGAUUCUGUAAUGUCUUCUCCUUCUAUAUCUCAUGCCUCUUCUCAAAAUAUUUCUACACGGAAAAACGCGGCGGGGGAGGGAAGAGACUGUGACGUUACCAACAGUAACAGAGUUAAACUGAAGGAAGAAGCUGAUUUAGUUGAAUCAAAGGCUGACUUUACCCUGCCUCCGUCUUUAUUUUCCCUGACAACCUCCGCGGCGCCGACAACCCAGGGGUCUCCAUCCGCCGAUACCGACACGAAGUUUUUCCAGAAAGUCCUGCACACGAACGGCCAGCAUUCCAAUCCUGCUGAGCCUCCCCAGCAUGGCGUCCCUAAGGAACUCUCGCACGUGGAUUGUAGCGGGGAGAGCCCCGCCCCUGAGGGUUUCAACACGUCCAACGGCAGCUUCUCAACCACCAUUGCAGCCUCAAAGAGGGAAAUGGCGUUGAAGACGCCGGGACAGAAAACACUGGCGGACUUUAGCGAUUCCGAAGGGGCCAAUUACAGCGGGAGCAGCGAUACCAACUUCGGUGGUCAGACGCGCAGAGAUGGGGCCUUUAGCAACUCCCUCUUCGCAAAUUCCCAUCACGCGGGGUUUUAUGGUGGGGAUCGCAGGGGCCCUCACGCAGGGUCAUCUCCGAAGGAUAUCCUUUUGUCUACAGUGUCCACGCAUCCCGAGUUCUCGACGUUGGCGGUCAUACAAACCACCCCUCAGAAUAACCGCAUGCUGGCCUAUCGUAGUGAGCUCAUCCAUUUCGUACUCGGGCGUCUCGAGGCGAUGGAGCUGUCGUUGGAUCGUACCGAAGGGAACCUUCCCAAUGAACGGGACGCUUCUUUACCUUAUCAGGCGAGUCAUGGCCACUCCACGCAUUCAAUGACAUCUCCCACUUCACCAUUGGCGGGGUGGGAGACGGCCCGGAAGGUUUUUCAUGCGGAACCGCCCUGCGGUGGGGGAAAGUGGCCUAGCAUGAGUGGUAGUCCGUCGCCGAUGGGGAGCCUUCCAAGCACUCCCGGGGGGGGUUCCCUCCAGGGCGUUUCUAGAGGGUCUCGCCCUCCGCAUUCCCCCCUUGGGAGCUCCCAUAGGUCCAUCGGGGGUUUUUCGAGUUUUAUGGCUCCAUUUUCAGGCGCUCGAUCCGGGGUGCUCGUGGUGGAUUCUGCGCAGCCCCAAUACAAAGCGCUGAGGGAUUCCUGCGCGGUGGUGUUUUACAUGCUCGCGAAGGAUCUUCGACGUCAGCAGGCGGCCGGGGUGUGUGGGAAUGUAGACUGGUGGAGGGUGCUCGUUGGGUUUCACCUUCGCAUUCUGGCUUCCUUGUCGGAGACCCCGGUGUGUUUGCACUACAUCGCCCCAAGCCUGGCGAUGUUCGGUCAAGAGGAAGAGGCGGUAGACAUGGUCCACAAGGUGAUCACGAUCGCAACCAAAGGCUCCUUUUCGUCCAGUCUUCGAGGGGUUUCGUCAUCAUUGGUCGCGAAGGAGGGCUUCGAUCGGGCUCCUACCUCGAUGGGGAGCGCCGCGGUUGGGGCUCCGGUGCGGCUCCGCAUGGCAGCACCGCUCGCCAUGGCAACCUCACAGGGGCUCUCCAUCCCCCAACGCAUACGUGCCGCGAUGAGCAUCGCGCCGCUUUUUAAAUUCAUGAAAGAUCGCAUUGCCAACGGGGAAGGGGUGCGGAAACGUUUACUGAAGUGGGUCGUGCAGGAAAUGGGCCGUGAGGCUGCCGUAGCAGGCGGGAGAGGAGCUUUUUUAAGGCUGGUGGAGGUCGUCUUCGCGCAGUGCGCAGCGAUUUCGAGUCUAAUGGGGGUGGAAAUUGUGCCCAUAAACAACCCGAACCACAGCGGUAGCAGCGCCGCGGAGGGGAGUCAAACACCUCUUUUGCAGCCCGUCGGGGGGGGUGCGGCGAAAUCCACGACCGAGUUGCUUCAGCCAUUUUUCGAUAAGUAUGCGUUAAAUUCAGAUCCCAACGGCAGCGCCGACAAGGCAGUGAGCGAGACUAAACGCAAGGAUGAUAGUGAUGACCAUUGCUCGGGACGAAUGCAGAUGAAUUUGGUUCAGAUGGAGUAUGAUGGGCUUCUCCACCCAUGGCUGAUGGAUGAGUGUCCUUGGGGGAAUCUCCUGGCGCAGAUGAUUUCCUCUGCAGCCUAA